AUGCCACAUGCUGCAGCACGCGUACUCACCGGCGGUGUGCGCCUACCGCCCAUGCCGACCAUACGCGAUCUCGUCAAACUCUAUAAAUUGCAAGCCAUUAAAUAUAUGAGUCAGAAUUUCAUUAUGGACGAACGUUUAACUGAUAAAAUUGUCAAGUGUGCCGGGCGCAUUGAUGCACAAGACACGGUUUUAGAGGUGGGUCCCGGUCCGGGUGGCAUAACACGUUCGAUUUUGCGACGCACACCUGGACGUUUGGUGCUUGUGGAGAAGGAUAUACGUUUUAUGCCUACCCUAGAAUUGUUAAAAGAAUGUGCGCGUCCACUACAUACGCAAGUUGACAUCUAUGAGGGGGAUAUUUUGCGUUUCGAUAUGGAAAAACAUAUACCUUUGACGGAACAUCGCCUACACUUGAUCGGCAAUUUACCGUUUGCCAUUUCUACGCGUCUACUUAUAAAUUGGUUGCAAGAUCUUUCAUUGCAUCGUGGUGGUUUUCGUCGUACGGACACGGCUAUGACACUGACUUUCCAGAAAGAGGUGGCCGUGCGUAUUUGUGCGCCACUGGGACAUGAGCAGCGUUGUCGCUUAUCGAUUAUGUCACAAAUAUGGACCACGCCGUUUAUGAAAUUCGUAAUACCGGGGAAAGCUUUUGUGCCCAAACCAGACGUGGAUGUUGGUGUUGUGAAAUUGAUACCAUUGAAGCAGCCGAAAACGUCACUACCAUUCGAGCUGGUGGAGCGUGUGGUGCGUCACAUAUUCAAUAUGCGUCAGAAAUAUUGUCGUCGCGGUUAUAGCACACUUUUUCCACCCGAAGAUCGUGAAGAUGUGACGGAUACACUUUUCGAAUUGGCCGAUGUGGAUCCCACAGUCAGACCAUUCGAAUUAUCUGUGGAUGAAUGCUUGCGUUUGGCAUCCGCAUAUGCAGAUUUCAUAGAUAAACAUCCCGAAGUGGCUAAAUAUGAUUAUCGUGGCAGAAAAGAACCCAUUGAUGAGUAUUUGGAGUAAUGUUUUGAAUUUCGAAAUCUUUCUUUUUCAUACGAAAAUGUAAUUACUGUACUUUCGCUUGUUUAUAUCAAUAUACUUUUAUUAAAAAUUGUUGUGUUUCGCAUUAAUUGUUCGCAUUUGUAUAAAUAAAAUUAAUAUUCGAGCUUA